GAGGAGCGGAAGUGCUUUACAGGCCCCUGUCAUUGAAAUGGGGAUUUAACUGAGGAAGAGGAUGAUGCUUCCUCAUCUCAGGAAACACAGUUUAAUCCAUCUGAACGCACACACUCUUAGAUAAAUUUAUCACAGCAGAGUACCAGUUGGGCGCGUCUCAUCUCAAUAUGGACACACCUCUCCCAGACACUCGUUGUCAUCUCAGUAGGAGUGGCGUUCAUUGUGGCAUUGCACCGUCUUGUGUUUACAGAGGGAAUGACAAGCACUCCCAUCUUCAUUCGGACCCGUUGGGCCGCUCGCUGCCUCUGUUCUUAUAUCCGGCCCGUGUGGAACAGGGAGUUUACGACUGCGGUGGGGCGGCGCUGCUGUCGUACCUGCCGCCGUUCCACGCCGGUUUGGGAGUGUAUGAAUGUCCGUUUGAGCCGGCAUUCAUCCAGAAGCGAAACGAGAGGGAGCGUCAACGUGUGAAGUGUGUGAACCAGGGAUACGCCAAACUUCGUGACCACUUACCCAACGGCACGGCGGACAAACGGCUGAGCAAAGUGGAAACGCUGCGGGCUGCCAUCCGCUAUAUUAAAUACUUACAGAGUUUGGUGGAGAAACCAGAGAGAGGAGAUGAGAAUGUAGGAGCGGCUUCACCACUGUCCUUCUCUGACACCUCCUCUGAGGAGUCUGCUGGGAGUUAAGAGACAUUCAGACUCACCGAAGGGCACAAGGGUCAAUGCACCCAAAAAAGCCCUGAAAUCAACACUGCACCCUAUUGAACUAAACUGUCAGUGCUCAUGUCAACUUUGUUUGUGUAUUUUUCUGAAUACUGAAUUUAAAUA